AGACUUUCAGAGCAGGAAGCUGUGUGUGUGUCUACGUGCCGUUCACCACGUAACCACGUCUCCUCUCCGGCACGACAUCAGCCGGGACGUCACAAGACGUCCACGACUCCUCGGUGAGACAACAACAACGACAGGUAUUUGAGGAAAUUUAGAGAAAAUGGUUGGAUUCUUCCAAAUGUUGAGAAAGAAAAAGGAGCUGAUCCCUCUGAUAGGAUUCAUGGGGUUGGCUGCAACAGGAGCCACAUCUGCUGCUCUCUACUUUCUAUUUACUAAACCUGAUGUUAUUUUGAAUAGGAGCAACAACCCAGAACCGUGGGAAAGACUGGACCCGUCAAAACCCCAAAAGCUCCUCACCAUCAACCAGCAGUGGAAACCAGUGGACGAGCUGGAAUAUGUGAAGAGUCUCACCAAGUAAAAGAAGGCGUGAGCCUUCCGGGAAAGAUCCACAGUCUGACCGUCGCCUCCGCCCCACCCCCUCCCCCCGGAUCCCAUCCGACCCCCCACCUCCCUUCCAGCUCCCCCACACACACAAACUCCCCAUCAGUGCAACAGAAUCCUUUCUGCACACACUUUGCGUUGACACUCGGUGUGCGGAAAUGCUUCUGCUCCACUGGUGGGGUUUUUCACCCUGCACGAUGACGUCAUCCACAACGGCAGAAAACCACACCGAAGGUUAAUAAAUGCGACUGCAGAGGGCUCCAUUUAUUGUGAAUGUACAACAGUGUCUGAAUGUGCAAGACGCAAUGUAAACUCAGUUGGUUAAUAAUGUUCUCAUAACCGGUUCAAUAAAUUAUUCUUGUCAACAA